GUGGAACUUCAGCGUGGGGAGCUUUGAGCUGAGGUUUUUCCCGACAAAACAGCUGACCAGCAACUUCCUGGAGGAGGAGAUGGCGAGCGGCGAGGCCAGUGGAAGGAGGAGCAGAGGAGCAGUGGGCAGAAGGUUAUCAUGGAGGAACCACAGACAACCACAGACACACAACCGCAGACACGCACAGUGACACACCUGGGUCUGGGACACCAGACCUAGUCAUCAGGUGUCGGUUCCUGACUGGAAGGUGAUGGCCUUCAGCACCCAGCCUGGAGGAAAGCUGGUCUGGGAACAGCAGUUCUGCACGCCCAUAGCCUCUGCCUGGUGGUCGGCGGGGGGAAGGUAACGCCCAUCAGCCUGUUGAUGACACGCCUUACAGCAGUCGUCCUGACGCGGAGGAGCAGGAGGAGAGACGAGGACAUUAUGGAGGCGGCUCGGGGAGCUACUGAGUCCAGCGUAUACCUGGGUAUGUAUCAGGGCCAGCUGUACCUGCAGUCGUCCGUCAAGAUCUCAGAGAAGUUCCCAUCUAAAGCCCUAAAGGGCCCGGCCCAAACCCGGACAACAUCCCUACCAUCAGAUGGAAACCC